AUGCUCAACCCUCUCGCUAGUUCAGGUGUGGAGCGCAUGCUAUCCGGCUUCGAAGCCCCUAGUCGUCCGUUCUCCGAGCCGAUUCAGGCAUCGCCGCGCAGCCCGAAAAGUUCUCCCAAAUCAUCCAAAGCAGUACCUGUUGAAGAACAUCCACUCGCAUCCGAGCCCGAGCCCGAGCCGCACACAAGUCGAGAAGAUCAAACCAGAGCUCGGAAGCUGCGAGACUUGCAGCGCAUUAAGCGAAAGCCAUUGCCCGGAUACUACGAGCAGAAAGAGCAACAUUCCGAUGCCGUUGCGGGAGCCUUACCAACACCAGCGCAUACACCAGAGCCGCUUCCAGAAUCAAAUGUUGAAGUCGACAGUGGCCAUGAUGAAGGCACAGAGGAUGAGAGUUCGAUUAAUAAGAUGGCGCGAAUGCAGGAGAGGGUCAUGAUGUUGCAGAGACAGAACACAGAGCUGACAGAGGCGUUGGCGAAGAUCAUAGGGCUCGAGCUUGAGGAUGGAGACUUGAGGCCUGAAGACGUGUUGAAAGCGUUUAAGCGAAUCAAAACCUCACGACAACGGGUGGGUACAUGGUGUAAGGCUUCACAGUGA